AUGUCGCUUAGGGAACACAACUUCGGAAAUGGCCUGCCUGUGAAAUAUGCCUUCUUUGAGCUGAAGACCGUUUGGCACAAAGAUUUGCAUUCAAUUAAUUGGGCCAAUCGAUUCAAUGUAUUUCCACUGUCUUUGGGAAAACUCAUUUCCAAACAUGAAUUACAAGAACUACACUUCAGUCUCACGAAAGGCGUUUGGAAACACCAGCGCUGGGGGUAUGCCAUACGUGAGGCACCUCCUAAUGCACAGCUAUGGCUAUGGUUCCAACACUUCCACAAAAAUCCUCAAAAGGCGUGGAGAGACAUCACGAGCGAACUCUCCGGUCAGUUCUGUUCGUCCAUUAAUUUCAUCGACAAUUCAGCCACAGUUCAGCCGAAGUAUUCGCUGAGACCGGAGGGUGUAAUCGAUGGCAACUCUUUGCGAAACGGUUCCAUAUUUUACGGCGCUUUACCGCACGAAUCGGUCUGCACUGAGAACCUGACGCCUUGGAAGAAGUUGUUGCCGUGUUUUGCCACCAAAGGGUUGGCCACUCUUCUCAACGCCGCACAUCUCUUCAAUUCGUAUUACUUUUCUCUGGCCGUCGACUUCAGACCCAUUUGGUUGGCCACUCUUCUCAACGCCGCACAUCUCUUCAAUUCGUAUUACUUUUCUCUGGCCGUCGACUUCAGACCCAUUUGUCGAGACAUCCAUUGUGAGUCAACUUCGGUUGAAUUGAUUCAAAGUAUUUCUGUUGUCUUCAAUCCUCCCGUUAUGUUCGAUGGGAAGCAGAGCUGGUCUUUAGUCAAACUGUUUGGCACAACACUUACGAGCACUUGUAGUUUGGCCGCAAAGACUACUUUAUAUAUUGAUUUAACGGAUACUAACAGCAAGAAUGCCUCCAAACUGACACCAGAGCCCACAAAAUUGGUUUAUUCGGUGAUCGGCGCCGAAGAGCGCUCUAAAUUGAACCUGACGCCUUGGAAGAAGUUGUUGCCGUGUUUUGCCACCAAAGGGUUGGCCACUCUUCUCAACGCCGCACAUCUCUUCAAUUCGUAUUACUUUUCUCUGGCCGUCGACUUCAGACCCAUUUGUAGAGACAUCCAUUGUGAGUCAACUUCGGUUGAAUUGAUUCAAAGUAUUUCUGUUGUCUUCAAUCCUCCCGUUAUGUUCGAUGGGAAGCAGAGCUGGUCUUUAGUGAAACUGUUUGGCACAACACUUACGAGCACUUGUAGUUUGGCCGCAAAGACUACUUUAUAUAUUGAUUUAACGGAUACUAACAAGUUCUUACGGAGGUUUGACUGUGGCCAAUACUUUCAAGAUAACUUUGUUUACACGAAUGUCAAACCGCCGCCUCUUUACGCCAACCGUUUCAUCAAAGGUUACGGUUUGGCCGACGGAGGCAUCACUUGUCAUAUAUUCAACAAUUUGGAUAAACCCAUAGAAAUAGUGUAUUUAGAUGUCAUUCCCUGGUAUUUACGAAUGUAUUUACACACACUUAAGAUCACAGCAAACAGUAAGUCAAUCAAACCGCAUACCAUUUACUACAAACCAUCCAAAGAUCGCAUUCAAUCACAUCAUUUGGAGCUACUGUUGGUAUUACCGCCCAAUAGUAUGACAGAUAUAUCCUAUCAAUUCGAUAGAGUGUUCCUGAAGUGGACGGAAUACCCGCCGGACGCCAAUCACGGCGUUUACGUCAACUCAGCCAUAAUU